AUGUUUAGUUUCCUCUUCAAAAGAGUCCCAAUCGGGAGAACCAUAAGAGAUUUAACAAAACAACUGGGUUUUCUGCAAAACCCUUUCUCUCUCAAAUACAUCUCCUCAAAAGCCUCAAGAAAUGAGAACCCUUUCGUGGUCUCUUACCUUAUCAGCUCAUGUGGGCUAUCACCCGCAGCUGCCAUCUCUGCAUCCAAGAAGGUUGAUUUUGAAUCCUCUGAUAGGCCAGAUUCGGUUCUUGCCCUCUUCAGAAACCAUGGAUUCACCGAAGCGCAGAUUUCGAGUCUCAUUAGAAAGUAUCCGUUAUUGCUCCUUGCCUGUCCUACAAAGCACCUUCUCCCUAAACUUGAGUUCUUCCAUUCGUUUGGCGUUUCGAGCCCUAAUAUACCCAAAAUCCUAACCAACGAUCCAAGGGUUUUGUUCUUUAGCUUAGAAAACAAAAUCAUCCCUUCUUUUAAUUUCUUAAAGAGUUUAGUUGGGACUGUGGAGAAUGUUGUUUUUAGUCUAAAACGUCAAGCUCGUUUCAUCAGUUGUGAUAUUCAGAAUGUGGCUCGAAAUAUUGCAAUCUUGAGAGAAAAUGGAAUGCCUGAGUUUAAUAUCGUGCGUUUACUAACUUACCAUGCCCAGACGAUGACAUCUAAAAAUGAUCGGUUCAAACAGAAACUUGAGGAUCUUCAGCAAAUGGGUUUCGACCCUUCAAAAUACUUGUUUAUUGUUGCUCUCCAUGGCUUAACAUCAAUGAACAAAUCGACAUGGAAGCAGAAAUUGGAUGCUUAUCGAAGUUGGGGUUUUUCUGAGAAUGAAAUUAUCAUGGCAUUUAGGAGGUACCCUUGGUUUAUGACACUUUCUGAGAAGAAGAUAAUGAGCCAUAUGAAUUUCUUUGUUAACAAAAUGGGUUGGGAACUGGCAGUUAUCAUCACAUAUCCACAACUUCUUGGGCUUAGCUUGGAGAAGAGGAUUCUUCCAAGGUGUUCAGUUUUACGAGUAUUGAUAUUGAAAGGUCUAGUGAAGGAAGAUCUUAAAAUGGGACGUUUGUUGAAAAUAAGUGAGAAGAAUUUCUUGGAGAAGUUUGUGACCAAAUAUGAAAAAGAAGUUCCUCGUCUCUGUGAUUUAUACAAAGGAAAUAUUAGUCUGCUAGGACUAGGAGAUGGAAGUGAGGAUGAAAGUGGGUUGAAAGAACCUAUUGUAAAAUGCUCAAACUUUUGA